UGUGUGAACAUGGUGACAGUCGACAUGUUGCUGAUUGUCCUCUUUGUUCCAGCUGCUUUGGCUGGUUGUUCUGAUGAAGCAGCACUCUUCAUAACUGCACCAAAGAAGCUGGAAGCACUGAGUGGAUCUUGUUUGCAAAUCCCAUGUAGCUUCAGACCCAAAGAAGAACAGAAAUUUAACAGAACAAGAAAAACCUUUGGAGUGUGGAUUAAAAAUGAUUCUAGAUUUGGCAUUUAUCCAAACAAUGUGAUCUUCAACAGUAGUGGAGCAGUUAGCAUCUAUCCAAUGAGUAUUACUGGGAACCUGAGUCAGAGAGACUGCACCACUCUGUUUACUAAUUUAACCACAAACUACACAGACACAUACUUCUUCAGAGUAGAGAGAGAAACAUUCAAGGCAACAGCUCGUUGUGAUCCUCUUCAAAUAACAGUCAGAGAUUCUCCUUGGAGGCCCAAUAUUACAAUCCCAGGUGAUCUGAAGGAGAAGGAGUCUGUCACUAUAACCUGCUCAGCUCUCACUCCCUGUCCACACUCCCCUCCUCAACUCACCUGGAAUCUCACACAAGACUCUCACAACAGAACAGAGGAAAACACAGAUGGAAGCUUUACAACUAAAAUCCAGCAGACCAUCACUCUGUCAGACACACAUGAUGGAAAGAAGAUCAGCUGCUCUGCCAGAUAUCCUGUGAACCAAGGAAAAGACACCAAGACAGCAGAGACAGAAGAGACUCUCAGUGUUUCAUAUGCUCCUAAAGACACCUCAGCAUCCAUCAGUCCAUCAGGUUUGGUGUCAGCAGGCAGCUGGGUGAAGCUGACCUGCUCCAGCAGAGCCAAACCUCCAGUCAGCAGCUUCACCUGGUUCAAGAAGAGCAGAGAUGGAGCUGUGAAAGUAUCUGAAGGAGAGAUUUACAGCUUCAAUGUAACAGAUGGAGGAGUUUAUUACUGUGUGGCCACUAAUGAUCUGGGUAAUCAGACAUCAGCAGAGAUGAAUCUAACAGGUAAACGCAGACAGAAUCAAUUAUUUAAUAAUGUUUAAUAAUAAAUGUAUGCAGAAUUAUGAUUAACAAGUUUUGAUUUAACAAAAAAAGUUUGGUGAAAAUAAAGAUAUUCACAGAAAUAAGAGCAUUGCAAACAGGGUGUAAGAGCUUAAUGGAAUCCUCAUAAAAUUCAAGUGCAAACAGAGAAAGUAGAAAUAAAAUCCUUAUAAUACAUUAAUUCAAUUCAAUUCAAUUUUAUUUAUAUAGCACCAAAUCACAACAACAGUCGCCUCAAGGCGCUUUAUAUUGUACAGUAGAUCGUACAAUAAUAGAUACAGAGAAAA